CGUUGCAAAAUCUUCAUUUAUUCGACGCGUUUACUCUUAAGCAUAGUAAUGACCGUGUUAACUACCCGACUUUUACUUCAUCAUCUUCAUCUUCUCGUAUCGACUUCGUUUGGACUUCUACAGAACUCGCCUUUAAUUUCUUCGAUUGCAAUACCGAAUCGGUUUUACAACAAAUUUCAGAUCAUGCGAUUGUUACAUGCACUGUUGAAAAUUUUCUUCACGUAAAAAACAACAAACAUAACAUACCAAAGAAAACAGUGUAUGAUUAUGACAAGAUGAAUGAGGAGCUUUGGAUUAAAUACAAAACCAA